CUGAAUCUGAACGGUGUCUGCGGUAAAUAUAAAUAUUUCCUCGUGACCUACGUGAAGGUCAUACUUUGGGAUAAUGCCGAUCGUGUCUAUCUCUCAAUCGGUUUUAUUCCGUAAACUUCAAAAGGAAUAUUCACAAGAAGAAUUUGAAGAAUUAUGCUUCAGUUAUGGUCUCGAACUGGACGAAGUUGUAACGGAAAAAGAACUAGUUACUAGAGAAAAGGGAAAGGAAAAGUCUAGAGGGUGUAGUACCGAACCGGUUUAUAAGGUUGAAAUACCUGCUAAUCGUUAUGAUUUACUUUGUCCUGAGGGUUUAUCUCGAGCUCUUAUGAUAUUUGAAUCAAAGAUUAAGCCCCCGGUUUUUGUCACCAAGAAACCUCAAAAUCUAAUUCAGUUGCAUGUUUUGCCGUCGACCCAAAGUGUUAGACCUUUUGUCGUUGCUGGUGUAUUAAGAAACAUUGUGCUGGAUGAGUCUAGGCUCAAUAGUUUCAUCGAUUUACAAGAGAAGCUCCACCAAAAUUUGUGCAGAAAACGAUCUUUAGUGGCCAUUGGAGCGCAUGAUUUGGACACUUUAAAUCCACCUUUCUUCUAUGAUGCUAAAUGUCCUAAAGAUAUUCGCUUUAAAGCGUUGAACAAAACUGAAGAGCAUAAUGCUGAAGAACUAAUGCAAAUACUUUCUAGUGAUUCACAUUUAAAACAAUAUCUCUCAUUAAUUCAAGAUAAACCUAAAUAUCCAAUUAUUUUCGACAGUUCCAAUACUGUUCUAUCAAUGCCUCCAAUAAUAAACGGUGAACAUUCUCGUAUUUCUACUAAAACACGAAACGUUUUUAUUGAAGCAACUGGAACUGAUUUACACAAAGCUAUUGUUGUUCUCGAUACACUUAUCACAAUGUUCUCAGAGUAUUGUGAGGAACCAUUUACCGCUGAAUCUGUCGGAGUUAUUCAACAUGAUGGCAGUCGUUUUUUAUAUCCACGUCUAGAUUAUCGUGAUGAAGUUGUCAGUAUUGAUUAUAUCAAUCGUCAAUUAGGUACCAAUAUUUCUGAAACAGAAGUGAUCAAUUUAUUAAAUCGUAUGGGUUUCACUUGUACAACUGUAUCGUCGAAUCAAUGUAAAGAUUCAACUUCAGAUAUAUUAACAACAGGUCAAAAUGCAACUGGUCUAAUCUCUGUAAGAAUACCACCCACAAGGCAUGAUAUUUUACAUGCAUGUGAUAUAGCUGAAGAUGUUGGGAUUGCAUUCGGUUAUGAUAAUAUACCUGAAUGUUUACCACAAACCUAUUGUGUAGCUGGUAAUCAACCAAUCAGUCGGUUGACAGAUCUUAUUCGUGCUGAAAUAGCUCAAAUGGGAUUUACUGAAGCAUUAAGUUUCUCAUUAUGCUCCAGGGAAGAUAUCAGUACUAAACUGAGGCAAAAAUUAGAUGAUAUCCCAGCUGUACACAUAUCUAAUCCUAAAACGCUUGAUUUUCAAGUUGUCAGAACCAGUUUAUUACCAGGAUUGUUGAAUACAUUAGCCAGUAAUAAAAGUUUAGCAUUACCUUUGAAAUUAUUUGAAGUUCAAGAUAUUGUACUGAAAAAUCCAUCUAAAGAUGUUGGCGCUAGCAAUCAUCGACGUAUUUGUGCAGUUUACUACAAUAAAAAUUCUGGCUUUGAAAUAAUCCAUGGUUUGUUAGAUAGAUUAAUGCAAUUGUUACAAAUUGAAUCAAUUUUGUCAAAUACAACAAAGAAAUCUAAUGAUCAUGAAAAAAAAUCAAAUUUGAGUUAUAGAUUGAACGCUACAUCCGAUCCAACAUACUUUGAUGGUCGUUGUGCUGAUAUUAUAUUGGAGCCUGACAAUAAAAUUAUUGGACGAUUGGGUAUUCUACAUCCUGAUGUUAUACAAAAUUUUGAAUUGACGAUGCCUUGUUCAGCUUUAGAUUUAGAUCUCGAAGUGUUUCUUUGACUGUUAUCUAUUUAAACUGACUAUGUAAAGAAAAAAAUCUUCUUUCCAAAAUAAAGGAUUUUCCGAUGAGUUUACUGAGAUUCAGUGCUUUGUAAAAACUACUAAUUGAAAGAAUGUUAUCCUUUCAACAAAAUUCCAUUGAAUGCAAUAAUUUACAAGCCAACUUUCCGAACAUUAAUAUUUCCGACCUACAGAGCGUCUCAGCAACAAUAACAAUACAUGCUAAGAAUUCAAACACACCUCUAAUAAUAUGAGAAUGGUUGUAACUGAAUAUUAAUAUUCGCUUUAACAGUAAGCUGUUUAAAUAAGUUCACAUCACAUAUCUUUAGGGAACAGCCAGUUUGCGUGAAAAGUUUUACAGUGCAGUUGUUAAAUUAGUCGUUCUCCUUAGAUCUAAUCACAUAAAGUUUCAAAACUGUCUGGUCAAGUAUCAUUACGCUACACAAUAUUUAUUUUACGUGUAUGAAAUCUGUGGGUUGUAGGUAUUUGAUCAUAAGUAUGCUUGACACACCACUACUAAAAUAAAACACCUGAGUGUGUGACGAAUGCUGUACUGUAAACCUUCACUACAACGUGUGCUUAGUUGGCACCUAUUUAUAGUGUGAGUUAAUCACGCUUUCAGACUUUUAGAUUAACACCUUAUUAAUAAAUGUUGUUAUGAACGGUACAAGUUCUUCAUAUAGAAUCAUUGAAAUAAUUAAUUGUUAAACCAAGGUAAGUGCCUCUAUAUCAAAGGAAGACGAUCUCGAUAUCCUUGAGUGCUGCUAGAGGUAUGACUAGUUUUGGGGAUGGUUGAAAGAAAGUUGGGGGCGGCCAAAUCAAAACGUAGCAUCAGUCUUUGAAGUCACUAACUUCUAGUCUUAGCCAUGUUGGUAGAUGCAAACUACUUGGUUGGGGACUCUGGGUGACAUCGCUCAGAAUUGAUGUAGCUGACUGAUUUUCAGUAUCUAAACGCACUAUUAUAAUGCACGUCUAUUAAUACAACUUUAAUCGUUCUCUUGAUUUCAAUUACCAGUUGUAAAUAGAUCGUUAUACUGUAGAAAGUUUGUUGAACAAAAAAGAAGCAAGUAUUUAUCAUGAUAGUAUAAUAUUUAUUCUUUAAUGAGAUGUACUCGUUGUUCAACUUUUCGUUUUGAAUAUACAGCAAUCGAAAAAUGUACAACUCCUUCUAUACACCAAAAAAAAAUCAUUUUUCUUAAUUUUCAGUUAUGAUACAAUCGUCGUCGUCGUCAUCAUCAUUAUCAGUUAAGUUGUCUUCGUCAUUAUCAUCAAUGGGACACUGGUCAUCUUUAACUUUCUCUAAACCGAUCAAUCCACAAUUAAUUUUUGCACCUUUAAUAUUUUUGACUAAUGAUAAACGAUGUUUCAGCAUUUUGUCUAUCUCAGAUUUAGAAUCAUGAUGUGAAUUAGAUACAUUGACAUUAUCUACAUUAGAUUCUCCAAUGGUAAUAUUCUCAUCAUCGUCAUCAUUAAUUUGAUGUAGUUUAUGUUCUGUAAUAAUAAAUCCUAAUUUGUAAAAUGUAAUUGCUACAUUCAACUAGCGAAAUAGCAAAAAGAGAAAAGAAAAUGCACAUAAAGUUAAUCAACGCUGAUACAUAAGAGAUAACUUCUAAUAAAACUGAUGAAUAAAUUGAUUCAUACUUAAAAUAUCCAGCUCUGACAUACUUAUGAUUUUGAAGUAUGUUUUACUUCAAAUGUUCAGAUAUUAUUCUGACAACCAUUACAUAAUCAUUACUUUACAUCAGUUUUCCAUCAGUACGUACUCACAUACAUUAUGCUUUUGGGGGGGGGGAAGGAACAGUUCGUGAUAAUUUUGCCUUGAUGAUUGAAAUUCAUCAUAAGUCAGUCAGUUUAAACUAAAAAAAACAACUUCCGAAAUCAACUACAGCCUAAGACUGUGAACAAAAUGAAUCAUUAUCUACCAUAUAAGAUAUUCUGUAACCAAAUACGAAUAUCCUUUUUUUCUAAGACACAAAUGUGUUCGUAAAAUAUCUCGUCUACUUAUUUGAAUGGUGUGGUCCGAACAGUAUUAUCAGAUCUUAAUGGCUGUUUGUUUAAGAAAGUCAUCUCCCAGUACAUAUCAUUUCAUUGUUGAUACGAAACGUAUCAAGACAAAGGUUUGUACAAGAUUUGUUGAAUUUGCUUGUAUAACAGUGUAGUACACACCAUUUACAUAAUUUCGUUUGACCUCCCAACCUUUACACACUAGGGUAAUAUGUACAUUGAAAGCUAUAUCAUUAGAACAAAAUGAACGAAUUUCAUUGACACCAACAACCAGUCAGUUGGAAACAACAUGAUACCUUGAACAGAAAAUAUGUAUUAGUCCAAAUUUAUAUUAUAAUGAAUAAUUUAUCCCAUCGAAUAGUUUUAUACAGUUAAAGUCAAUGCAAAUAAUUAAUUAUCCAACCUUAACCUAGCUAUGCCUUUGGAAUAGUGUAGCUUCACCUCAUGAAACAAUAUAAGGAAUCAAUCGUAAAAACGGAUUACAAUAUCUUAAGUUGAACACAUCUAUACCUAUAUGUAUACUUCAAGCGCAUAGAUUAAUUUGAUCAGUUUUUGCUGUGUGUGUAAUGCAUACUUCCACUAGAAACCAAAUGAACAUAAUAAAUCCUUACAUAUAUACAAUGGAAUCUAUGCCUAUGUGUAUGCUAAGGAGUGGAUGAAUUCCAAACUUGUGUAUUUCUGGUGUGCAUAUAACGUGUAUUCUUCAAAUAAUAGUAGCUUCCAUAUUCUCAUAAUAGAAGCUAAUCGAAGCACUCGGUGCCGGGGGUUCUAUGGUAUCCUCCACAGAAAAGAUAUAUCCUACCCCGAAUAUGUGUGCCUGUAUGAAUUAAUGAAACAUUUGUUGAAAAGUGCCAAUGAGCUUCCUCCAACCUUUAUGAGGGGAACUGUAAUCUUGAACAGAAAAUACGCAUCAAUCCACAUUUUAUAAUUAUAAUGUGUAGAACAAUGAAUAGUUUAUUCCAGUAAACACAGUUUUAUGUAAUUAAGCUCAACGCAGACCAAUGAUUACCCUUUUAUAAAUGUUAUUUAAUAUAAAAUACUAAUAAUUACUACUACUAACACUUGUACAAGCAAAUUAAACUUACACAAUCUGUAUGUUUUUCCAAUGGCAAACCACUAACAGGGAUGAACACAGGAUAUUUACGAAUGAGAUGGGUGAGGGCGAUAAGAAACUGGGUGAGAUCAAAUCGAAAAAAAAACAUAUUAAAGAUAGUAUUGAACAGAUAAGAUGAAUUAGUAAACUACUCAUGAAUUUAUCAUGUUUAUGAAACGUUUAUCACGGACUGCCACCAAAUGCCCUGGUAUGGCCGACAAUAGCAAGAGUCAGUUUUGUCUCUUUCGAAAUGCUCUCAUAUGGCCAUGCGCAUACAACUACUGCCAGGGAUGUCCUACUCACUGCCUUCUAACGGCACUACUGUUGUUUACGAAAUUGAGAGGAAGAAAAGCGACUAUCCAGCGCUUUAACCGGGUUGGCGGACACGGAGAGUCUACCUAUGUGAGUUGGAAAACCCUGAUUCCAAACCAAUGGUGUACAUGGGCUCCAGUAUUAUGAGGGAACAAAUGGCGUAUGAACCAAUUAUUGGUCACCGGCUUCCAUGGCACUGCAUCUCCCAAAGUUGCUGCACUGCUUUGUGGGUUAGACCUUUAUAACAAACAUUCCGGUUGUGGCCUCCUGCGAAAAACCACCUGCUUCGGUUUGGGCACACGGGCAGUAUCACAGCCCUCACACAAAUCGAAUGAUUUAUGUGGCGCAUAUCUAUUUGGUGUAUGCCCGGUUGGGGGCAAUCUUUAUCGUGUGAUGUUAUCUGAUGUAUAUCGUGGAUUAGAAAAGCUUAAAUCAAACCAUAUCAUUAAUUCAUCAAGUUACUGACUUGUGACCCAGUCACUGUGUAGGUGUAGUUCGUCGUUUUUGAGAUAAUAUGUCACACCAUUCAAAUGAAUAACAAUAAAGCUAAUAAGUUUCUUCUCCAAUUAAAAUAUGCUUCUUACUUACUUUAUAGUGUUGUUUUUUUCUUUAUAGUUAAGAUAUGUAGAAUUCUAAAAGAAUCUUAAUUUGAUAUUGGAUAGUUUAACAUAAUCGAUAAACAAAAACCCAGGAUCCAGGUUUCGUCUUAACUGGCAUUUGUGCCAACACAAUGUAUUGUGGGAGUAUGUUUCCCUACAUAGAUUUGCUCAUCUCAUUUAAGUAGAGCCAAGUGUAAUGCAAUAGAUAAUCUUACCAAUAAAAUGAAACUAGAAAAGUUCGAUGUAGAUUGGUUGAAAACGUCAAAAAUGAACUCGAAUUCUUAAAACAGAUUAUGGGUGGGUUUUUGGUACCAACUAUAGGAGUAAUAAAUUAAAACGAAAAAACUUACUUUCUUGUGAAAACCAAUUCCUACAUUUGCAUUACUAUCAGUAUUAUUGCCUUGAUUAUUUAAAGAAUGAUAUACCAUGAAUGAAGGAAUCAUAGAAUGCUGUCUAUUGAGAGUAUUAUCAUCAACGACAGUAUCAGAUUGUUUAUUUUCAAAAUAAGUCAACAUUAAUCGAAUCGCUGUUGAACGAAUCAAACGAAUUUUACUAUGAAUAGUUAAUUGAUUCGAUUUGUCACUUUCGUGUUUGAAAAUCGAACGUAUUAGUUCAUCUGAAAAAUGAAUUAGAAGAAUUCAACUAAUAAUAAUAACUAUCCUCUAACUUUGAUAGGAUCAACAAUUGUUGAAAUGUAAUCAAAAAUGGAUGAAAAUAGAAAUAAGUCAAUAGUGGAAAUCAGGACUCGUAUUUCAUCCUGUUCGUGACUCAGUACCUCGAUGUACCUGCAACCCAAUAUUGAUGUUCACUGACAUAUGGAAUCUAGAUAGCUACUUAUUUGUGAAAUGAGUAUGGAUUUUAUUUGAGAGGGUUUGUAAUUUUCAUUCAGGAAUGUAACUGCAGGUACGUUCACUUGAAAAGUUCCGAAUGAGACGAAACUUAAGCAUUGGAUUCUAUUACAAGCUACUUGUAACUAAAUAGCAACAUCGAAGCAAUACAAUCAUUUAUUUAUUUAUUUAUUUGAACACAUAAAUAUUGGUACAAGAGAGCGCCAAUAUAUAUGCGCCACACAAAACAAUGAGAAUUCGAAGAGAAAUAGAAAAAAAAACUAAGGAGCGCAAAAGAAAAGGAGAACAGUAACGAAGAGAUUGGUGUAAGGUAGUGUGGUAGUAACGAGGGAACAAAAAGGUACAAUCAGAAGAAAUCUUUUAGGUAAGAGAGACACAACCACUUUUUAUGAAGAAAGUAAAAGAAGGUUACAGCAGGAUCGCCACUGACUUCUAUUCUGAGCCAUGUCUGAUAACGUCUCUAGCCACUGUGUUGCACCAUCUCUCGGACCCCAACCAGGGAGUCGUGAAGGACCGACACAAGCCAGUCCUUUGCAGCUUUCUUUCAUACCACGACACCAUGUCAUGCACUGACCACCUCUCCGCUUCUUCCAACCAGUCCCACAGUCGGCAAAUAAUGCACGACGUGGAAUUCUCUGGGACGACAUUCGUAGAACAUGUCCAAGCCACCGAAGUCGGUGUUUCAAGAUGGUGACACCAAUUGAAUUAUCAUCUCUGUGUCCGAACACACGAUACCGAACCUCUGCAUUACUGACAUGGUGUUGCCACUGGAUGUCAGCAAUCCUUCGGAGACAGAGAUGAUCGAACACAGAGAGUCGUCUAACGUCCUCAACUCGGAGAGACCAGGUUUCACAAGCAUAGAGCAAAACUGCUCUCACCGACGCGUUGUAAAUCCGGCCUUUUACAGCCAGACUAACAUCACGAAGGCGCCAAAGGUGGCCCAGAUUGGCAUAAGCCGCUCUGGCUUUCACUAUUCGUGCAUUGAUCUCAUCACUCACACCCCCAUCAGCACUUAUGCAGCUACCCAGAUACACGAACUUCUCGACUACGUCUAUCUGCUCACCAUCCAGGGUGAGUACAGGAUUGGAAUCCUGCCAGUCCUGUAGAAGUACUUUGCACUUGGAAGGUGCAAAGCACAUACCAUACCUACGGACACUGAUGCAAUACAAUCAGCAUGUAAUUAUACCAAUAAAGACUGAUAAAUCGCACAACAAAAAUGGAAACUACAAAUCAUUACAAACAUACAUAACUAAAUAUAACUAAAAUAUUCUCCAAAAGAAAGAGAAAACCAUUAGCAAUACCUUCACUCAACUCGAGUGCACAACUUUCUCUCAUUAUUUUCAACAUCAUUUUGUCAAUUGCCAAAUAUAAAGGAUCAAUUGAUUGAAUAAACAAAUUAUCAUAAGUAUUAGGUUGUUGUUGUUUUGUGGAAUUAAUUUCUUUGCCAGUUGAUACUGCAUCCACUGUCAUUGUUGACAAUGAGAAAGGAGCAGAAGAAGAUUGAUGGUUUUCAUGACUCGACUGAGAUAUAGUUUUUAUUCUUCGAAUUGGAAAUGUUUGACGUUGUUCAAUUUUACUAAUUAAACGUUUUAACAGUUGAAUAGUUUGUACACGAAAUUCUUUUUCAAAUUCAAUUGCCUUUAAGUGAAUAGAAAUAAUUUAGAUAAUUGGAUAUUUUGCAUGGAUGAAUAAACGAAUUGAUAAUUAUCAGGAGUUUUGUGUGGAGACUAUAGUCAUUUCAAUAGUUAAGAUCAUGAGUCAAUUGAAGCUAGACCACCCAUGGAAAACCUGGAUACAUUGGACGACCGAUUCAUCCAAUUUUGGGACAAUAUUUCUAUUUGAUAAUAGUGAUGUCUUUUUUCGUCGUGAUUGAUUUAGUUUUAGCAAAAGGUUAGAUUCCAGUUUAAUAGGAGCUUAAUUAUAGUACUGUUAGGAUCUAUUUAUUUGUUUCAUUUUAACACAUAGAUAUUGGUACAAGGAGGCACCAGAUAUAUAUGCGCCACACAAAUCUCAUUUCAUAUGUGUGAGGGCUGUGAUACUACCCGGGUGACCAAACCGAAGCAGGUGGUUUUCUUAGGGGACCACUCCCCGAGCCUUCGACCUGAAGGUCUGAUCCACAAGGCAGUGGAGCAUCGUAAGGAGAUGCAGUCCCAUGAAAGCCGGUGACCAACAAUUAGUUCGUACGCCGUUUGUUCCCGCAGGAUACUGGAGCCCAUAUGCACCAUUGGUUUGGGAUCCGGUUAAAGCGCCGGACAUUCGCUUUUCGUCCUCUCAGUUUCGUAUACAAUACUCCCACCACGAGAAGGCAGUGAGUAGGACUUUCCUAGCAGAGGCUGUAUACGCGUGGCCAUGUGAGAGCAUUUCGAGAGGGAGAGCGGACUCUCCCCACUCUCGGCCGUACCAGGGCAUUUGGGUGCUGUUAGGAUCUUUUAAAUAAGUUAAGAUUUAAGAUUGAUAGGAUCUUUUAAAUCUUAACUUAUUUACCGAUAAAUUUCAUGUGAUGAACUUGAAGAAUGUUUUCGUUAUAUUAAGAAUUUCUAGAAAGAAAUUGAAAUAUUGAAUCUUACCGCAUCAAAUCAAUCUGUUGUGAAAGUAUAAAGUCAACAUCAAUUACUAAACACUAAUUACCGUAUUUUUCUACUGAUUCUUUAAGCAAGACAGAACUUGAUUUAUUUAUUGUUAACAAACAUUGAAGUUUAAUUUCCUCUUUAUUACAGUUUAUCAGAAAUUUUAUUUUACAAAUAUAUUUUAAGAAAAGUGGGUGUACAUUAAAUGAGCACUACUGAGGAGUCCCAUACUAGGACGAAACGAUCGUCCAGUGCUUUCAAGUAUUCCAUGGUGGUCUAGCUUCAAUUGACUCAUGAUCUCAACUAUUCGAAUUGAUAAUUGGUAAAAAGGUAACAGACUAACUUAUUUUUUGUUCACUUCACAUGAAAUUAUUCAACGAAACUGAAUGCUAACCACAAUUAUCGUAUGAAGAAUAGUAAAACUACAUAGUUGUCUACAGUGAAGUAAGUGGGACUGAGUUUGAACUUGUAACGGUGGAAAGCUGAGUACUUCAAUCAUUAGACUUUUAGGUAGACAGCCAUACGAAAAACAUAUCGAGCUAUGAUGAUCGCACUACAAAGUAUGUACAUCAUUAAUCUUGACGACGAGCACCAUAAUCUAUGAGUGAGUGAAUGAGUGAGCGAUAAGCUAUAUAUAUGCCUAACCAAUUUAUAUUGGUUCAUACUAUUGUUUUGUGGUUUUAUCCAUUUACUAGUGCCUCAAUUGUUGUUUUGAUUUAUUCACUUAUAACUCCCUUAUACAGUGUGGUCUCACAAUAUCAUGGAUAGUUGAUAUGUUAAGCUUACCUGACAUAAGCUACCUAUCAUAAUCAAAUGAAAAAUGGAGCUGAAUUUAAACCAAAAAUAGAUCACAAUAUUUAUGAGAUAUGAAUAGAUGAUCACUUACAUGUUUAUUCGCUGCAUCUUUAUUAAAAAAUAUUCCAAGAUGUUUGAAAGAAUUAAGAGGAAGCGGUUUAUCAAAUUCUGGAUCAUUUUCCACAGCAUUCUUCAUCAUAAUUGGUAACAACUGAAAUACAAAUUUUUUUUUAGAAAGAAAGUCAAUUUUAUUGAAAAAACAGAGGGAACAAUCAAAUGUAACAAUAAACAUAUACGACAGGAUUCAAAGUUAUCUAGAAUAAAUAGCACUCAAUCAACAAUUCAAGUUAAUUAGCAUCAAAAGUAAGAAAUGUAAAUCACUGAAUGUUCAACUUAGUGAUUAAAGGUUAAUGUACAUACUGGUUCUAUGAAAUUUAUAGACAUUGGUCUAAUCUGAUAUAAUGCCACUGAUUAGCUAUACAAUUGGUAUUUCAUUAAAUUCUAGUGAUUAAGUGUGAUGAUGAAUUUCGCGCAAAUGUCCUAAUCAUUUUAUUCACUACUCUUAUCAUUAUUAUUGGCUGGUUUGAUUGAGUCUAAUGUCUUAAAAUAUAUGUAAAUUAAUACGCCAAAGUAAAGCUUAAGAAAGGUUUAAUUGAAUAACGAUAUCACUCUCUUUGAUCACUCGUUCUCAUAAUUUACACAAUAGUUCUAAUAUUCUGGUAAGCGUUUUUUUAGCGAGUUAGUGUUCUACGGGAUGAGGACGCUAACCCCAUGCCUAAUCCUCUUUCUUUACCCGGGCUUGGGACAGGCAGUAACUCUAGAAGAGCUACAGGCGGAGUUAGUUUUAAUAUUACUAUCAUAUUUUAUCAAUUACACAUAAAUACUGGUACAUUUCGGAGCCAAAAUAGAAAAAGUGAAAUUGUGCAGAAAUAGGGGAAGGAACAAGAAGUAUAAUAAACAUAAAUAAAUUAGUGAAAGAAAACAGUUUGUAAUAAACAUUUCAGUUAUGAAAAAUAUAAGCAGGAAAAUUCCAUUCAAGAGAGUUCCUCUAACUUUUAUAAACAAUGUGAACAAAAACUACAGCAAGACUGCUAUUAGCUUCUGUUCUCAUCUGAUAACGUCUCAAGCCAUUGAGUCAACUUCACCGCUCUCAGUAUCGCUAAACUACAACCCAUACCCAUUCAUCAACAGCCUAAAUAUGAGGUCAAUAAUAAGUCUCCAAUCAUAAUAAAACAAAGUUGAAAAAUCCAUAACAAACUCGAAGCGACGAAGAAUAGCAGAAAAUAACUAGGUGAUUCUAGAGACGUCUUAAAGGUGAUGAUACAAUAUUAUCAAUAUGAUUAACUAAGAAAUCACUAAGACCAUCGAUUACCACGACGCUCAAACUUUACUGGUGUUGGGAAUGGUUCGAAGAAAGUUAAGGGCGGCCAAACCAAAACGUAGCAUCAGUCUUUGAAGUCACUAACUUCUCGUCUGAGCCAGGUUGGUGGAUGCUGACUACUUCAUUGGGGUCCACGUGACUAUCGUAACCAAUGGAUGGAGACUCUGUGUAACAUGACUCAGAAUCGAUCACAAUGGCACAGGGGUAUACAUUCUUUGUCUUCAAACAGUCAGAUUAAAAUUGAUUUCUACGAAGUGAUUCUUUCUUUCUGUAUUAUAUUUUUAUACACAUUCUACACAUUACUACAAUUCAAGUAACUGCUUUUAUGAACUUGGUGUUCAUCUUGUUGUGUUAUUGAGGUAUGGCAACUUGGACCGAUGCAUAUAUGUGCUUAGUCCCACGUUGUAGCUGACUGACUGACUUGAGAAAUCACAUAGGGUUUGGGAAGCUAAAUAUAAUCACAUUUGGCUGAUCACCACCACUAUAUUUUUUAGCAGAUAAGGUCGGAUAUCCUAGCUCUCCAAAUAUCAUAUAUGGAUGAAAUGAUUUCUGUUGUGAAUUAAAAUAAACUGUUGAAUUACAGAAUCCCAUUUACAUAAUAUUUCCACGAAUUUGCCAAACAAUUUUCAGGUAAAAGUGUUUCCAAUCAAGAUAAAACAGUGAGCACGCUUAAAACUACUUGAUACACAUUAUUAUGUGUCACAUAAUGUGAUUGAUUCACCAAGAGCAUAAUCAAAGUUAUAAUAAGGUAUAAUAACUAGAUGACAAUAGAUUUAGAACCAGUGAUACAAUGGUUUUAAAGUUAAAUUAUUUCAAUACUAAAACACCAUUACUCCAAUGUCAUAUUAUCUAUAAAAUGAAAAUAACAAACUGAUUUACUUCAGAUAGAUAAUCGCCCCAAUUAUAUUUUUGAUUAAAACUGAUGCAAAGAUGUAGUGUAUGCUUAUUAUUAUUUUUGUUAGUAUGUGACAUAGUGUAAGCGAAUCCUUUAGGAAUAUAAAUUAAAUCUCCCGGUUUUAACUUCACCAACAUAACGCCUAAAUCACAAUAAAAGAGAUAGAAAAAAAUUAUUCAGUGAAAUAGUAGUUAUUAACAGCAACAAGAUUAUAAAAUUGUAAUGAAGGUGUAUAUUGUUAGAAAGAAUUAGACUCGAUAACGACGUAGAUGUCUCUCUAAUUAUCAACAGUAGCUGCUACCUUGAUGUGACCGACAGGUUCGCCUACCGUUGAGAUAUUCUUCUCAUUGGCUCUUACCAUCCCAAGGAGAUCGGUUGGAGAACAAUAAGACUUAGGUAAACUAGCAGUCCGACGGCAAAGUCUUACCGGCAACUGUACAGAGAUGUGACAGCAGUAAGAUGUUCUACUCAAGCCGCUAGCAUUUACCGUGGUGAUGCUCUCACAUAAUGGGAAAGGGUUGAAGGUCAGCACUAGAGUUAGAAAUCCUAACUUAAUCGACAGAUUUUCGUCGUCCGAGAUAAGGCCUCUAAGGUACGGAACUAACUCACUUGAAAUUACCUGCAAAAGCGUUGUUUGUGAUCAGUCUUAAGUGGUUAUCCUUCAGAUAUACCGUUCACUAUACCAGGUUUAUUUUCAGGUCUCCGAAGUGGAGAUAUUCUUCUACAGAGUGGGCAAUCAAGAAGUGACAAGUCUUUAAACUUCUCAUUUGGCUGACUGACUUAGCUCUAAGUUGAAAUUAAUGUGCAAUAAUGGGAUUACCUGUCGGAUCAAAUUAAAUUGUAUCGGAUGAGGGUAUGAAUUUACAACUUAAUGGUUGAAAGCCGAGUCAGUGCUUUAACCACACAAACACUGCUCCAUGACUAACUCUUACACCAAAAACUAUGAUUUAACACUGACUAUAUGAAUUUGAACUUUGUUACUGAGUUCAAUAAAUGUUUAUUUUAAUUCGAGCAUGUACUCUUUGAUUAUUUUGUUGAAUUGCUACAUACUCAGUAAACGUUUCAUAAAAAUGAACUUUUGAACUCUGAGCGCAGAGAACAAAACUCCAUCAAAAUAAAAAUGAACAAUAUGAUGGGAAUAUCUAGCAUUAAACUUUUUAGUCAUUUCAAAACUUUGAACUUGAACCACGCCUUCUAAGUAUCGUAAUUUUAUUGGCUGACCCUCAAGAUCAUAUGAUAUAUUUCCCUAUGAGCAAAUACUCAUAUAUUUUCUAGUUUCAUUAUUUCAAUUUCUGCUACAUAGUUUCAGAGGUUAGCACAUAAUAUUGGGAAUCUGGGUUGUUUGAUCGUUGUAUUCACAAACCAAGUGUUUCAUAUCAGAAGGGUUUUUGGUCGAUUGGAGAACGGUAAGACUAAAAGCAGCAACUCAAGGUCUGAGGACGAAGUCGUACUGCUGACUGUAGAGGGGUGUUACAGCAGUAAGGUGUUUCCCUUGGACAACCAGCAUCUGCAGCGAUGCUGCCUUCCCACAAGGAGGGGUGUGGUUAGAAAAGGUCGACCCUAAAAAUGUCACACCUCACCUUACCUCACGGAUUUCCGUCUCUGGCGGUGGGGCCCUUUGAAGAACGGAGCUAACACAUUAAAAACCUUCCCACAAAAAGGUCAUGCGCGACCGGCCUCAAGCAGUUGUCCCUCGGGCUCUGCGGUCAUGCUCCCAGGUCGUCAAGACCAACACUAAUCCAAUUUCCUUUUCAGGUUCCCCAAGAAAUACCAUUCCACGGUGUGGGCAGCAGGGAAGUGACAUCAGCCCUCAUAUCCGUAACAGCACACGAGACCAAGUCGGUCACAUUCAAAUCCCUCCUACACCUCCUAAUAACUCUUAUCUCCCCGACUAACCCUUCUCACGUCCUUUUAUCACCUCUCACUGCUAGGGCAAACGAUUCGAGUACGCGGAACGUUAUUCCUGGUCUCCUGAAACCACGCUCUAAACUUCAUGUUGGAGCUUAUAACGUCCGAACACUGUGCCAAAUAGGACAACAGGCUUCCUCAGCUAGGACUUUAGAAUCUCGGGCCAUCGAUGUGUGCUGCGUCUCCGAAACGCGCAUACAGGAUUUGAGUAGCGUUCAGGGCUCGUCAGGGCUGUCCACUCUCUCCACUAUUGUUUAACUUUGUCAUUGACGUACUUUUAGAGAUAACACUUUCCUCAUCUGAAUUUCCAGGGGUUGAACUUCUACCAGGAGGUUCACUUGUUGGCUUGGAAUAUGCCGAUGACAUAGUUCUAUUUGGUGAAGACGCUGACAAAAUGCAGAGUCUUCUGACCACUCUAAGCAACAAUGCAAGUAUGUUCGGGAUGCGGUUCUCUUCCUCGAAAUGCGAAAUGUUGCUUCAGGAUUGGGUUGCAUUGACACCCGAACUAAUGAUAGGGAGUGAAGUAAUUGAGCGUGUCGAUCGCUUCACUUAUCUGGGAAGUCUCAUCAGCCCUUGUGGUCUGGUGUGUGACGAAAUCUCAGCACGGAUAAAGAAGGCUCGACUAGCUUUUGCCAACUUGCGUCAUUUAUAGCGUAGGCGAGAUAUCCGUCUAUCAACCAAAGGACGUGUUUACUGCGCAGCAGUUCGUCCCGUCCUACUCUAUGGCAGUGAAACAUGGCCGGUAAGAGUAGAGGAUAUUCGUAGGUUACUAGUAUUUGAUCAUAGGUGUCUUCGAAACAUUGCUCGUAUAUCAUGGGACCAUCGAGUAAGUAACGCAGUAGUUAGGAAAUGGGUACUAAGUAAGGAUGGUAAAUCAAUUAAUGACGUAGUGAAACUUCAUCAGUUGAGAUGACUGAGACACGUGUUACGUAUGCCCAACCACCGACUGCCUCGACAUGCGAUAUUUUAUGAUGUAGGAGAAGGUUGGAAGAAAGCUAGGGGCGGCCAGACCAAAACAUGGCACGAAUCUAUGAAGUCACUGACAAGUAGACUGAGCCAUGUUGGUAGGUGUAGACUACGUGGUUGGGGACCGCGAGAUGAUAGCAACCGAUGGUUAGAGACCCUGAAUGACAUGGCUCAAAAUCGUUUACAAUGGCGCAGGUGCAUCCACUCUUUGUGUUCUCCCAAAUUCUAAUCUUCUGAAUUCUUCAUGUCUCUUUCUUUUUUCUCUUUCCAAAUUUAUUUCACUGGAUUAUACUCUUUAAAUAACACCUUCAAACCCUAAUUUUUCUGAAUACAGCUUAUAAUUUUACUACAUGUAGCACUACGGGAUUUGAAUCGACCACUGCAUCUCUAUGCUAAUGUGGUAUGGCAACUCGAACUGAUGUACGUACGUACGAAUUUCUACGUUGUUACUGACUGACUAUAAGUGAGCAGAAACUUUUGGAAAAUCUAGCCGGUUUUUCCUAAUAUCAAAAACACAGUCUACUUAGGGGAGUUGGAAAAUCCAGUCCAACAAGUUAUAUGGGCUGCAUUAUUCUAAAGAGACAGAUGGCGUGGAAACUUAUUUUGAUAACCGGAUACCAUGGAUUAAAUCCUCAGAUUGAAGGUUCAGGAAGUGGUCUUCGAAGAAAGUCACCUACGAUUUGGGAAUCCGAGUGGCUUCUGAACCUUCCCUCUGCAUAUAUACAUGCAUUUACUUUUCUUUAUUUGCAACACAUUGAUUCUGGUACAUUUGGACACGAAAUAAAUCAUGCCACACAAAUGAAGUGAAGAACUUCAGAAGAGAAGGGAAGCAAAAUAAGUAAAUAAACGGACAAGAUUAAUAGAUACAGUUUGGUUUAAAAUGCAGAUAAGAAAGUUUUCAUACAGUUAAAGGAGUUAGACUCACUUUUAUGAAGAAUGUAAUAGGACACUACAGUAAGAUUUCCAUACUGAUGUACACUAAUUGCUAACUGAUUAAUUACUGUUUAGAUAGUAUGUACAUCGUCAGAAGGUAAAACAAUCUUAGCUGCCCACUCAAGGUCAGAGAGUCUUCUUUCAGGUAACAAAUCCACACCUUCGUCACCAAUUCCUUCAGAGGUGUUCCCGGAAUUUCAUCUGCGAUAAGUUAAAGAGGAAGGAGAUAUUUGAACUAUGGAGAGACGUAAUUGUAUAACAUCAUUCUGUCUGAGGCUGUUUUAUGCAGAUUUUUACAGAUGUUAGCACACAUAUAUUGAUCAUUUUAUCAUUUCCUAAUUUUUUCAAGGUUAUUCAAGAGAUUGGUUAUAAUUGCUCUGCAGACAUUUGGUCAUUAGGUAUAACUGCUAUUGAAAUGGCCGAUGGUAAACCUCCAUUAGCUGAUAUUCAUCCUAUGCGUGCACUGUUUAUGAUCCCGAGUCAGCCUGCUCCAGCUUUACGUAAACCUAGCAAUUGGUCAUUGGAAUUUCGUGCAUUUAUUGCAGCAUGUUUGGCGAAAUCACCUGAAGCGCGUCCUACGGCAGCAGCUUUACUACAAACUGAAUUUAUCCGUAAUGCAAAACCUUGUUCAAUAUUAUUACAACUAAUUAAUGAAGCCAACGAAGCGAGAGAAAGACGUCUUCUACAACAACAACAACAGCAACAACAACAACAACAACAACAAACAUCUACGCCUGAUACACCGAUUUCCGAUGUUAAACGACGUCAUUCAGUAAUGAAUAAAAUUGAUGAAAAUCAAGUUAAAUCUAAACAAAAUCAAUUAUCUCAAGAUGAUGAUGAUAAUUUACAUACAAUGGUUCGUUCAAAUUCAACAUCUAGUCGAACUGCGAACAAUAAUAUUAACUGUAAUAAUAAUAAUGAAUCUGGUUUGGAUAUUGAUGGUGCGGCAACUUUAGUUUCAUUAUGCUCAAACGAAGAUCGCACAAAUCAUCAUAAUGACGGUGAUGAUGAUGAUGAUGACGAUGACAAUGGUAGUUUUAUACGUCAUCACGAUGAUGAAACAAAUGUCAAUAAUGCCUAUAUAUCUUCCGGUAAUCUUGAUACAAUGGUUGUCAAUGAUGGCGGGGAAAGUGAAGAAGAUAGUGGUUCUGUCGUGGUACAUGAUACAACUGGUGGUUCGUCAGAUGGACUAGAUGAUGCAGAACGCGAUCAACGUGAAGCUUUCGAAUUACUAGACGCUGCUCUCCCACCGGCUGUGCCUACUGAAGGUACACUAACUAGGAGAAUUGAUAAGGCCGUAAAAAUGGUAAAUAAUAUCGGUUGUGAACAACAAUCAAAUGAUAUAAAUAAUAAUAUGAAUAUAGGCGGUGGUAUUGGUCAUGCUCCACCAUUUAUCCAAAGACCAUUUGCACCAUUUUCUCGUGCUAUUCAACAAUCUGGUCUUUAUACAAAUGGAUUAACUAAUGAACCAGGUUCUUUAAGUCGUUUAUCUUAUACAGAAUUAGAACAAUUACUUAUAUCAUUAACAAAUGAUUUAGAAACAGAAUUAAGAAAUUUAGCUGUUCGUUAUCGUCAUAAACGUCAACCAUUAUUAGAUGCAAUUGCAGAGAAAACAGCACAAGCAUCAAUAAAAACAACAAAUACUAUAAAUAAUGAUAUAACAUCAAAAUCUAAUCCAAUUACUCAAUGUUAAUCAUUGUUUACUUAAUUCAUUUCAUUAUUAUCUAUUUAGGUUUUAUUGCAUGGUAACCAUUGAUAACCCUAUCAUCAUUGAUUUCAAAUAUAUUUCACCCUCUUUCUUUUUUCUCUUUGUUGUUCAUUAUGAUUAUCUAUCGUUUAUUCCUGUUUUUGUCCUUCAAUGAAUUUGUGUUCAUUUACGAACGAUUGAUAGAAGAUAGGAAAUGUGUUAUUUCUUAGUUAAUUAAUUUUCAUCAUCAUUAUCAUCUCAUGCUUAGUUUAUAUUUGUUUUCUAUUGACAACUGUAUAUUAAUCUUGUAUAUUUACAUGAAUAUAUAUACAUACUUCAAUAAAUGGC